UAAUAUUUUUAUUACAGCACAUAUAGUAUGUACUUUUUCUUGAAAUAACUUUUUAUUCAGGUAGAAAAUCGCCGCCAAAUUUUUUCUACUAUUUUUAAAUGCAAUAUAAAACAAUGUGCAUUUUUUUCAUAAUUUUUUUAAUGUUUUGAGAAAUGUCCUAUAUAUCCUUAAAAUAACGUACAAAAUCAAAGUCUUGGUUCCAAGAUUAAUUAUUAUUCACUCGGAUUAUAAAUAUUUGCAAAACGUUGGGAAUUAUUUUAAAUACUAAAAAAGAUUUAUAAUGAUUUUUUUCCUAACGUGAUUAGGUUUUUAAAAAAUUGAACAAAUAUAUAUCUUAAUCUUUCCCAGAUUUAGAAGCGUUUUUUUUCGCGCAACGGAGAAGUUAAUCUGCAAACAAAAAUACUUACCGUAUUUGUCUCAUCCAUUUCGGUUGUACCUUCCGGCUAUUGAGGUCUAUUUGCUUAGAUCUUCUCUUUCCCCGUUCACCAAUGCGCGUAUCCUAUUAGCUGUCGUAACUGGCGCGAGGAACGACUAGCCCACUUGACCUUAUACGCCGAGUUCAACGUUUUCCAUAUUAUCAGGAACAUCCUUUUCAAAACGUCGCGUCUGCAAAUUGGCAUAAAGUGCUUGAACGACAAUAACGUCCUCCUUCGUUCCAUCUUCUCUCCUCCUUGCUCCUCUUCGCCUUCUUCAAUAUCUUCUCGUCUCGUCUCGUCUCAUCUCAAUCUGUCGUGGGUGGUGGAUGAUUCAGCUACGAGUACUAUUACGAGUACUAUUUUAUAAAGAAAAUUUCUAACAAAGCUUCGCUUUUUAAGCAAUCUAGCCAAAAAGUUGAUCGACUAUUCGAAUUGCCAAAAAUCUUAUUAAAAAUGUAUGAAACAUCGACGAGCGUAUUCCCUAGAAUUUUCGACAGUUUUUCGGUUUAAAUAGAUGCAUGUACUUUUUGUAAUUAGCGGCUCUUUCUGUUUUGGGGUUUGUCAACGAUGAUAUAUGACAGUGAUUACGUAAUCAUGUCAAGAGCGUAUCAGAUCCCAGAAUCCUCUCUUAUGGUAUUGACCUUCCGUUGCGCACGUGCUUCCGUGGGACUGAAAAUAGACGAAGUGGGGUGGCGACAAAUAAGGUCGGUUACACAUGCAUAAGAACGAAGUUUAGCCGACCCCGCUCAAUAAGUUCUCAGAAGAUGUAGAGUGAUUAAUUUCGUGGUGGGACUUCGUGUCGUCGUUAAUCAUUUUCUAAUCCGGGCAUGUUAAGCGGAAAGUCGCGAGCAUUUUUACAAAGUUUCGUACAGAAAAAACAUUUGCGACGAAAUGUUCCUUUGAAGAUAAAAAAAAAUGUUUUGAAAAAGAUGCCUUUGUUUAAAAAAGAGGGUUUUAAUGUUAGGCCUGUAGCUUUUUUAUUAUAUCCACUGGAAUAUUCUAGAUGAGAAAAUGAUAGCUUACACUUUGACUGAAACUACAUGCGAUGGUAUAAUAGAUAGGUAAUAAAAGUUCGUCGAGGCCUGCGUCAUGAAAUGAUAGACUGUUAACGAAGUUGCAUGCUCGCGUUCUUUACAUUGAUGAUCGCGCCAACUUCUGACAGCUAUGUCGACAUGCAUCGCGUCAGCUUUCGCGUUUGAGACGCAUAACUCGCCAGCGAGCAGUUGAAACGGAUAUCAAAAGAGAAGAAGAGUGGAAAACACGAUAAUGCGGCUUGUCUUUCCACUGCAUUUUCGAUGCAUUUUCGCCGUUUUUCGCCUCAUGUCAGACGGAUGCAUCCUAUAUCGAAAAAUAAGCUAAAAAUAAUAUACGAUUUUCUAAACAAGAGCUCUCUUAAAUUUUUAGCCUAAAGUUCUCUGCUCUUUUUAAAUGUAUUUAUUCAAAUUGCGACAAAUCUCCGUCAUCAAGCGUGUGGCGCUGCAUCCUUUAAUUCUUUUUCGCCUCUACCUCGCACGAGCAAUUUGUUUCACACGCGUGUCGUCUCUCCCGCUAAGCAGCUAGGGUAAAAAAGUGGCCGGGCUCGGUUUGUCGUUCGCUCUAGAAGGCUCUGUGAUAACUUAGUCGUCACGUUCCUCGCGGCGACGUAUGUACGUCGUGCAGGCACGAGUGCGUUUCCAUUCCUCGAUUGAGUCACCGAUGGUACAUGAUCUAAGAGUCGAUCUAACAAUAAGUAAGAGCUAUUAUGAUUUCCACGUUUACGUCACCAUUGUUUUUACAGUAUGAAACAUUUCGUUGUCUACUUGCACGGAAAAGUUGCCCCGAUUGUCACAACGCUGUCUAUAUUUCGAAAAGAAAUGUAUGCGAAAUUAUAUUGAUAUUAUAUUGAAUACAAUUGUUGAGGCAUGCUCAUCUAUGGCUAACAAUCUUACAGUUAGUUUUUACAAUAAGUAGCAUUUGAUUAGAAUACGCUGAUACCUGAUUGCUUCAAACGAAGGAUUGUUGCUAUCUUUCUAAUAUGAUCUGCAGAACAACCUUAGUACACAGAAAAGAAAUUAUUAUAGUAUCAAACCAACAAUCACUGUCUCAUAUGUAAGCAAGAGUAUAAUUAGCAACAGUAUAAAUCUUCUCGAAAGAAUUUUAUACUCUUGCUUAUAUAUAAGAAAAUGAUUGUUGAUUUGAUAACGAUUUUUUUCUGUGUAAAAUUGAAAAAUCUCUAAGAUACUUUCAGUUGCGCAACACUGAGAGUUCAGUUUCAUCGUAGCACUAAAAUAGAUAGCAGGAGUAUUAUUAUCAAGUUGCGAAGAAUUUUCACAUAAAAUAAAGUGCGUGUUAUAUUGUGAGCUUUCUCGUGCGUAUUAUUUAUAUCCCACUCAGCGAAACGUUUGUAAUGAACUCGUGUUCUUCCGGUUGAGUCUGCCAAUAUAAUUUAUCAGCUUAUAAGCUAAUCUCAUGGCAGAUUGGCGACAGAUUCCGCUUAAUUUCUGCUGUCAGUUUGCGUCAGACUGUUGAAUUGCGUGCUAGAGCCGCUCUGUUUCUGCCAUCAAUUUGCUGCUAACAAUAAGUGAUGCAUGUGAACAGAUUCUAUUAUAUUUCUGAUAGAAUUCCAUCGUCAUCAUCUGAUAAUACGGUUAUAUUACGUUGUAAUUUAACCGAUAUUGCGGUUGUGACAUCCACGCAGCAGCUACGCUAGCUUGCUAAGGUUGAGGCAAUCGUGCAAGUCACUUCCAUAGCACUAUGGCUCCUGUAAUUCUUUUCUUGCCUAAAUAGGCGUAAAUUUUGUACAAAGUAAUAUUAUUCUAUUAUGGCAACCUUGAUUUUUCUUCCGUGUGACUUUUCGUCUCACACUUUCGUGAGCAGAUUUUCUGGAUUAGUCAACAGACGCGAUCAAUCGGUUUUCACGGCUAUCACCUGAUCCAUUGUCAUACGCGCGGUCUAGACUCAUUCGCACAGGUGUUCCCUCUUAUCCCUGAAGUGUAUGAAUCAUCUAUAUUUCACGUUUAUUUAUUUUUUUCCUGCGACGAUAGGAUAUCAUGAUUUUACGCGUAAUCUUCUCCCUUGUAUUUUACAAAAGAUAUAAAAAAGUUAUUUGGUUAAUUUCGAUUUCGUUCUCCGAUAUAACGCGUAUCUGAUAAAACUUCGGCACUUUCCGCAGUGUCACAGUCACUUUUCUCAAGAGACAUUGCAAUAGGGAUGGCAAUUUCGAGAAACUAGAACGAUACUAAUUCUUGUCAUCAACCCUUGGUCCUUCUUCUUUAAUCCCGUACCACGGAUUUUCUCCGGGGAAUCAAGACCACCAUCCGUGUUUCUUCAGAAUCACUGAAGUGAGUGAACAUAAUCCGCUCUUUUAUCCUUUUUCUUGACAAAAGAAUGAGAAAACCUUUUCCCAUUAAAAAGACGCAAAAAAUCGGGAGAUAACCUAUGAAUGAUUGAUGCAUAAAUUUUUCUGUUGUUCUCGAGAAAGCUGUCUCACGAAAUGAGAUCCCACGAAAGAGAAUACGUUGAGAGAGACUGCAGGGAGGAGGACUAAGAGGCUGGAGAAACUAGGCGGAGAGAACGAAGACGACGGGAGAAAGAAAAUGGAAAGAGCGAGACUUCAUUUAUUCGUUUAGGAAGGAGGGAGAAGCGGAUAAGCGCGCUGAUAAAGUGACGAGGACGGUAAAGCGUGAGGAUAGAGAAUAUGUGCAAUGAGAAAAGAGAAGGACAGAGGCAGAAAGAGGGAAAGAGAGGAACGAUGAGACCGCAAUGCGACGAGCGUGAGGGAAACGGAGACGGACGAGGUGCGUGAGCGAGAAGUGCGUAUGUGAGGGACGUACGGUAGCUUCUCAUAGUGAAGACAGUCGUUGCUUCGCCGCAAGGCUGCACGCAUCGUGCCGGAAGAGGAGCCCAUCUACACCCACCUUACGUGCGUGCCUUUUUUUUGCGUCGCGUGUGCAAAUUCUUCCGCAUUCGAAUAUUGACCGAAGGGACAUGAAAUCGUGUUGAAAAAUUAAGUGCGUUUCUUUUUAUCUGUCGUUUAUUUCUCGUGAGACCAGUGCUUCCUGCGGUGCUCCGUGAUUUAACGUGAAGCUCAUACCCAACGCGUUGACGUAGCCGGUGAUCAUCGUGUAUCCUCAAAGUGCUAUUACGAUCAGGCGUAACGGUCUUAUCGGGAUAAUCGGCAGAAUCGGAAGAACGAGACAUCGAGAGGGUAGCCAAGGGUCGUUGUUCGAAGAGGGACACGCUGGAGGACACGGUUCUCUAGUGCACCUGUCGCCCGACUGUUUGUGCCGAACGUAUCGAUUCGGCGGGACCGGCAGUAUGCAGUGAACGGGAGAACGGGACGAAGCAGCGGUUUGUGAUAAAAUAGAAGACCGGCCCGGACAUUCAUUCAAUUCCAACGUCGUCGUGCUCGAGCGACACUAUUAAUCGCUCGUACGGCGGAGCCCUUGAUUUAAUCGACGGUACAGUUUUGUCGGGAGGAACAAAAGAGUGCGCGCCGGCAAAUAUGAACGGCUGAACAUUGAUCGCCAGAACGCAGACGAAUUUUCCUAAAAAAAAAAAAAAAAUCCGUUGGAAAUAUACGUGUGUAUAUCUGAACCGUAGCUCUAUCUCCGUAAUUUCGUGCGUUUCAUCACUGUGCUGUGUUUCGUCGUGAAACCAGUGAGAAGUGGGUGGGUGAUGAUAAGUGGCCCACCGUUUCGAAUGAAGUGGGUUUUAGGAUGAUGGUAGAGCGUGUCGAGGAUCACCUCUUCAUGUAUCGACGCCCCGUCUAUCGCGUCUUCCAGUACCUCGAAACCACCGACCAUGAGGGGAUGAGCACUGGAGCAGGAGAUGAAGGUGGAGGAGGUGUCGGAGGUGUCCAGAGCAGCGGCGGUGGCAGGAACACCCCGCCGCAUGGCUCGCCCACCCCUAUGGACAAGGCGACCUUAAAAGUCCAUCUUCCCAACGGUGGCUUUAACGUCGUCAAAUUCGGUGAUGCGAUCGACGUUAAAGGUAUCAUCUCUUUGGUAACUAGUCGAUUAGCCGUUGGUACUAGACAUUAUCGAAAUCUGUACGCAAUGAGGCUACAUCAUCCCGGAUCCGGAGAGAGUUAUUGGUUGCAUCAGGACACAACGAUGUAUCAGGUACAAGAAAAGUACGAGCGAAAGCAUCCGCAUUGUGAAUGGAGGUAUGAACUCCGAGUGCGUUAUCUUCCUCAGAAUCUGAAUGAUCUCUAUGAGAAAGACAAGGUCACGUUUUACUAUUAUUACGAUCAGGUGCGAAACGAUUAUCUGCUUGCGAACCAUGCCACUCUGGACCAGGACGUCGCGGUUCAGCUCUGCUGCCUGGAGAUCCGCUAUUUCUUCAAGGACAUGCCGCAAAUCGCUCUGGACAAGAAGAGCAAUCUGGAAUACCUGGAGCGUGAGGUUGGCCUACACAAAUUUCUGCCACGCUCUGUGCUGAACGGGAUGAAGCCAAAAGCGCUCCGAAAAUUGAUACAGCAACACUUUAAAAAAGUCGCGGCGUUGUCUGAACUUGAGUGCAUGUUCAAAUUCUUUGAUCUACUGCGAGCGUAUUAUCGUUUCGACCAGGAAAGAUUUAUAUGUGCUUUAGGGUCAAGCUGGUCAAUACCUGUAGAACUAGUCAUUGGACCGGACUUAGGUAUAUCUUACAUGGCUCAUCGAGGCGGAACAGUGCCGACUAGGAUGGCAGAAUUUUCGCAAAUACAAUCCAUCCAAACGUUAGUGUCUGAUUGCAAAGAACACGCGAAGGCGUGCAUUAAAUUGAGGGUCGCGGGCGCUGCGGAGACUCUCAGUAUCACUUGUUCCAGUUUAGAUCAAGCGGAAAGUCUCGCAGAUUUGAUUGAUGGAUAUUGUAGACUAGUCACAGGCAGCAACACUUCAUUGUGGAACAGAAAAGCUGGAUCAUGGAAGAAUUAUCCCUGUCCAUGCAAAGAUGCACAACCACCGAAAUAUAGGCAAGAUGGUACCAGCAGCCCAGCGGAGAAGAACGCCGGUAAAACUGGAACCAUUUUGUCUGAAGAUUAUGCGGAGAUCGUCGACGAAGAGGGAGAUUAUUCAACCCCAGCUACUCGUGAUUAUGAGAUAGUCCGAAAUCAAGUAGAAUUAAGUGAAAUCAUAGGGGAGGGACAAUUUGGCAACGUCCAUAAAGGAUCAUACAAAGGAAGAGAUGGCCAGACUAUCGCCGUUGCCGUCAAGACCUGCAAGGUUGAUGCGGAUCUUGCGACUGCCGAAAAAUUCCUUGAAGAAGCCUAUAUUAUGCAGCAGUUUGAGCAUCCGCACAUUAUCAGACUGAUCGGCGUCUGUUCAGAGGCGCCAAUUUGGCUCGUGAUGGAAUUAGCCAGACUCGGAGAAAUGCGUGCUUAUCUGCAGUCUAAUAAGCACCGUCUAGAUCUUGCCACACUUUUACUGUAUACCUUCCAAUUGAGCACUGCCCUCUCGUAUCUCGAAAGCAAGAAAUUCGUGCACAGAGAUAUCGCUGCGAGAAACGUAUUGGUUUCAGCGCACAAUUGCGUCAAGUUAGCGGACUUCGGCCUUAGUAGAUGGGUAGAAGAUCAAAGCUAUUAUACUGCUAGCAAAUGUAAGCUGCCAAUUAAAUGGAUGGCGCCGGAAAGUAUAAACUUCCGAAGAUUUACGACUUCAUCCGACGUUUGGAUGUUUGGUGUAUGUAUGUGGGAAAUUUUAAUGUUAGGCGUAAAACCAUUCCAAGGCGUAAAAAAUAACGAAGUGAUACGCAAGCUGGAGAACGGAGAGAGACUCGCGCUUCCCAAUCACUGUCCGCCACGAUUGUAUUCUUUAAUGUCUCAGUGUUGGAGCUACGAACCUAGCAAGAGACCAACAUUUAAAGAGAUUAGAGAAACUUUACAUGAGAUUUUGCUAGAAGAAAAACAUCAGCAGCAAGAGACGAUGAGACGAGAGAACAGAAGGGUACAAGCUAUGUCCUGGGGUGCAGACGAUGUGCCGCCACCGAAACCCUCCCGGCAGCCACAAAAUACACCGGAGCAAUCGCAACUAUCCGCGGCACCGGUAUCCACGUACAUCGUGGCGCAAAGUCCCGAGGUUCUCGCGCAACUUCUCAAGGACAACCAAGCCAGAGGGGUAUGUCCCUCCGUGUACACGACACCCGCGUCUCCCUUCAACACCCUGGCGGUACAAUUUCAAGACGAGGAUCAAGUCCUGACUACCGCCGUUGUAUCCGACUUACCCUUCUUUGACCCCGCGCUUUCCGAACCGCCGUCCAUUACCUCGCACGACACCACCCAAUUAGGUGGUGAUUCCACUCUGUCCGACACCAACCUAGACUCCCUCGAUUCCUCGGAUAGCAUUCCCCUCAUGUCGAGCCUGAGCAUUUCAGACACGGCAGCGCAGACGCAGUCACCCGCCGCCAACCGAAAGCAGCAGAAGGUUAAAGAGAUGCAAAACAUGUAUGCGGUUAGCUCAAAGGUGGUCGGUAGCAUCACGGGGGACCUGUAUUCCCCCGUGCAGAAAUUCUCUGUGUCCAGCGCCGUUCCGCCGCCACCCGCGGCCGUGUCAGUCGCGUCAGCCGCGGUCGCGGGCAACGCCUGCGGCGAGAUAUACGGACCGGUCACUAGUUUCACCCAGAGCUCAGCUAUCGUUGGUAAUCUCAGUCAAAGCGCUAGCUUAGGUGGUAAUUACGGUGAGAAUUCCGGGAAUUUCGGCCCUAGUAGUUUGGGAAGCAGUGUUGUAAUAUCAAAUAGUAGCAGCCAGGCGCAAUUCGCUGCGAGUGGUUCGCAUGCUCUCAGUCAGUCGAUUAAUUACGGUAACUUCGCGGCAAGUAACAACACAAGCCAAGUAUUUAGUAGUGGUGGCGGCGGCCAGUCUACGAAUCAGAAUGUCAGCGGCGUGCAGAGUGCUGGCGGUAGUAGUAGCGGCGGCGGUGGCGGUGGUGGUGGUAGUAGCGUUGUUUACUCUCGUAAUAUUAGCUCGGCGAACGUAGGUAGUACUGUGUCGAAUGCGGACUGUUUGUAUGGUCCGGUACUCAAGUUCCGCGCGCAGAACGUUCAACCGCAGUUGGCUGUAGCCGUGACCGCGGCCGCGACCGAUUUGAAACCAGUUAGCGCGGCAGCUGGAAAUUAUGGUCAAACCGGAAGAAGUAAUCUGGUAGUGCAGAAUCUACAAUCGCAGCCGAUAUAUGCGCAGAAUUAUCCACACCAACAAAUCUAUUCUAAUAUCGCUCAGCCGGGACAGCAGUCUAUGUAUCUGCUGCAAAUGCAGCACAUGCAGAAUAUCCCGCGGCAGAAUGUCGUUUCUCAAGCCGUAUCUUAUGCGGCGAUACAGCACACGAACCAGCAAUUAAGCGGCACUAAUCCUAUUUACACGGCUCACACCACGCCCGUGUCAGUGGUCCAAGCUCAAAAGGUGCACAUGCCUAAUUAUGCUCACCAAGUUCAAUCUGGAAUUAGCGGUCAGACGGCGACUUGUCAAGCAACCGGCUCGAAUCAAUCGGCAGGCAUUGGGAUAAUGCAAGCUUCCUCUAUUCCGUCACACUUUGUCAUGUCGUCAUCGGCGACUCAGCAGAAUAUCCAUUCAAUAUCAUCUGCCUUUAUAGUAGACCAACAGCAACCAAGUUCUCUUGGUUCUAUUGAUUAUACUCAAGUACACGUUAACGUUGGCAAUGUAAUGACGAAUAUGAGCGGUGCGCAUCAGCAACAAGUAGCGCAACCUCAGAUGGCUACCGGGGUCGCGAAGGGGGCAAAUAUAUCGCAAAUUGCGACGGGCGUCGCCAAGAUCACUACCUUCGUGACAUCACAAAAGCAGGACGAGCAGUUGACGAGCUCGACCGACGGCACUCUCUCCGGCUCUCUGAUCUCUUCCGCUGUCAGCGACAGCACCGUGUCGUCUAGCAGCUCGAUGACAGAGGAGGCACAACAAGAUCAGAGAAACGUACAUUCGCAACUGUUCGACAGUCUGACUGAUAAUUUCAAUAGUGGCAUUGAUGACGAACAAAAGCUACUGGAACAACGGUUGUUGGAACAACAACGACAGUCUGAAGAAGAUAGUCGCUGGCUCGCGAGAGAAGAGAAACGUUUAUCGAUUGCUACAAGUGGUGAUGAAAGUGCUAGUCCCCCGGUUCCACGAUCAGUUACUCAAUCACCAAGCCAUGAACCACAUUCUGCCAAUACUGGCUCUCUUGGCUCGGAUAAGAGUUCUGAUAAAGUAAUUGUAGUAAAGAAAAUGGAACCUACACCUACGGCAGAUUUGGACAGAACUAACGAUAAAGUAUAUGAUUGUACUACAAGCGUCGUUCGUGCAAUCAUGUCAUUAUCACAAGGUGUUCAACAGAGCAAGGCUGAUCAGUAUUUAGAGCUAGUACGUAGAGUAGGGAUCGAAUUAAGGGCACUACUAUCUUCUGUGGAUGUUUUGGUAAAAAUAUUACCAAUAUCCGCGCAUCGCGAAGUAGAAAUGGCGCAUAAAGUAUUAAGUAAAGAUAUGGCAGAGCUGGUGGCUGCUAUGAAGUUGGCACAAACUUACAGUGCCACUACGUUGGACGCUGAGUAUCGAAAGGGAAUGCUUUCUGCAGCUCAUAUUUUAGCCAUGGACGCGAAGAAUCUGUUAGACGUAAUCGAUUCCAUCCGUAUUCGUUAUCCAUACGUAGACAGUCAGAUUUGCCAAAAGCAAUGCGAUGUUGUUAACAGAACGCGGGAAUCUACACCCGAGAAUCGCAUUCGUUCAAGUCAGUCAGGCGAGCAGUUUCUCAGAAGAAGUCAGUCGACCGAACGACAAGGCACGACCUUCAGACAAAGCCAAAGUGGUGAUCUGUUACACAGAAUGGGCCAAUCCGUAGAUCGAUCUUCACCGGGAAGUCAAUCCGAUCACAAUUCCGGCAGCAGCUUAGAAAGAAGACACAAUAUAGUAACUAAUAGCCUUGAACGCAACUCGACUGCGAGAAGACAAAUGGCUACUAAUAGCUUAGAAAGAAAAAGACCCUCAUUGACAUGUAACGCAGGGCCUAUGAAUAAUUCUGUUAAUUUAGUGCCAGUCGCUUGCAAUUUGGUUCAGACAGUAAGUCCCGUCAUACAUCCAAGUCAAUCGGUUACAACGGGCGUUAAUCAACAAACGGUGUUUACGACUAAUAGUAAAGCCACAAGUGAGACUUCAAUAAAUGACAGCUAACGAGGUGCCUUGAAUUGAGGACUACUUCGGAUCAUUGCUUAACAUGUAUAUAGAUAGAUGAUAUGCUACCAAGUUACCCGUGUGUACACAUCUACACUUCAAUAUUUUAACAACGAGAGAACAAUCUAGGAUUUGUGCUUUUCAGCUCUUUUUAACCUUUAAAUAUGCAAAUAUUUUAUCUAAGCGUACUUAUAGAUAGGACAGUAUUCAUUACUUGUAAUAUUAUAGUAGGAAGUUUAUCACUAGAGAAUUUAAGUCACAGCUAUAAUGAAAUAUCACUCCAAAGGAUUUAGGAUUAUCUAUUUGUUAUGUACAAUGACGACAUGUACGAGAUGACACCAAAUUACGUUUUACUAUAAAGAAAGGAAUAUACACCAUUUAUUAAAUUUCACAUUAAUAUUAUUAAAGGUCUCAAAUUUACUCACACUGAUCGUAUUUGAAAAUUUCUCGAUUUUAUUUGCGUCAUCUCGUAUAAUCAGUUGAUAAUAUAUACAUACAUACGUAUUUUAGAGGUAUGUGUGUGUAUGUAUAUAUUUAUAAAUAUAUAUUUAAACAAACAAUAUUUCCUUUCUUCGAACAAUCUGCGCGAGAAUAUAAUUUCCCGUAGGACAUAAUCGAUGUUGUUUUUAACGCAAGUUCGUAAUUUCAUAGUCUAUUUCCUACCUAGGAAUAUUAUGGACAGUAAUUGUAAUGUAAAAAGAGGGACUGAAUGUGUUAUUUGUAUUAAAUGAUUAUUUAAUGGUUUAUACUAGUUUGCGACAUUUAUAUACGAAUGUUUUAUAAAAAGCAAAAAAAAACCAUUUUUCAGCGAUAAGUCAGUUCCUACAAGGUGUAUUUCUAGGAAGUUCCAUUUUUGCGCAUAAGUAUACCAUUAAUAGCUCAUCAAUGCGAUUUGCAAUGAUGUAUUCAUAUAUACAAUGCAUUUAUAAAAUCCGCGAUUGAAUACUUUGUGAAAAAAAUUCCAUUUUUACGCGAGUGCUUUUUGUAUUCCUGGAGAAAUUUAUCUGAGGGAGUAAUCUGUAAGAAAUGUUCUUAGCAUUCUGACACAUAUUAUAACCGUUGUACUCAUGCAUUUUAUCCAUAUAUUGUUACAAUUGGCAUGAACGUGAAAUAUUUGUAGUUUGCGAGUUGUAAAUUUGAUAUUUUAAAUGGUAUGUGGCUUUAAAGAUUCAUGUGCCAAGAUGUGCUUAUAUGCUGCUCGAAAGAAACGAAUACACUAUAUUUGUGUGUUGUAAAUUUCCUAUCAAAGGAGCUACUAUCCCAGAUACCAGGAAAUAAUGAAUAUUUAUAAUUAUUGAUGGUGCUUUUUCAUUUGUGAAAACAUCAAAUACUUCUUUAAUUUGAAUAUAUUAAUAAUUCUAUAUAUGAAAAAAAAGAAUACGUUUAUUAAUUAAAUUAACAUUCAUUUGGCCACCAUAUUAUAUAGUAAUGCAAUGCUAUACAUACAUUUUAUUAUAAGAGUCAUUUUUAUCAUUUGUUGUAAAUAUUAAAACUUAUUUAUUGUUAUAAAAAUUUUUUUAUAAAAAUAUUUAUGUAUGAUGUGUACUUUUAUGAGAUUUUUUCAGCAAUGUUUUUAAGUAAAUUUAAAUUGUCUUUUCUUCUUAUAACAUA